CUCGUCCUCACAACCUAUUCACUCCUGCUUGACGUUUUGACAUUCGAUUGUCGAAGUAAGGUAAGAGCGGGGUUAACGAUGAUACGAAAUGUGAUAAUAUCCAAACACGCAAGGAAUUGUACGGAUAAAUUGUCAAAAGUAUUCAACUAAUUCGAAGACGGUUUUGAAAUGAAACGCGAUGGAAGAUAGGGAGUGAUUUUUUCUGACGAACGAAGCGGCCGAAGAGUGAAAAAGUGAGAACGUUACUCAGGUCGAGUAACCCUCAAGAGUUACAAGAGCUUAGCAGGAUGGUUUCCUUGCCCAAAAUAACGUUUUUCGGCGCCUUUUGUGCAAUAUUUGCUAGCACUGCCGCGUCUCGAGUACUGGAGCUCAGUGAUAGAUUUAUGGAUAUCCACAAGGAAGGCCAGUGGCUGGUUAUGAUGUAUGCGCCAUGGUGCGCACACUGCAAGAGAUUAGAACCAAUAUGGGGUCACGUAGCUCAGCAUUUACAUGCAACAUCAAUUCGGGUUGGCCGCAUUGAUUGUACAAGAUUUACGAAUGUCGCUCGUGCCUUCAAAAUCAAUGGGUUCCCUACAAUUUUAUUCUUUAAGGGAGAUCAAGAAUUUGUAUACAACGGGGAUAGAACUAAAGACGAAAUAGUCAGAUUUGCAUUGAGACUGAGUGGACCACCAGUCCAGGAAAUAACUAGGACUCAGAGCUUUGAAGCAAUAAAAAAAGCUCAGGAUGUAUAUUUUCUAUAUAUCGGAGAAAGGACCGGACAUCUCUGGGAAACGUACAAUAAAGUAGCGGACACAUUUCAACCGCACGCAUUUUUCUAUCAAUCGUACACUAACGUAGCUGGAAAACACGCACCGUCGGAAAAUACUCCUGCGGUAUUUGUUUACAAGGAAAAUUCCCAUUAUCAUUUUACAGGAGAGGACAGGAAUGACCGCGAAGCCUUAAACGAUUCCAUGUACAAAUGGGUGAAUGCCGAGCGUUUUCCAACAUUUCCGAAAGUGACGCGAGGAAAUAUAAAUCAGUUAUUUUUAACGAAUAAGAAUUUGGUUUUGGCAGUGGUGGAGGAGAAUCAGCUUGAAGAAAUUCAGCCUGACAUGAUCGAAUUCAGGGAUAUGGUACAAGCGGUGAUAAUGAAGAAACGUGACAAAUAUCAUGACCAUUUUCAGUUUGGCUGGAUAGCAAACCCCGACUUGGCAAACAGUAUAGCUAUGAUGAUCGUACCUUUGCCGAGUUUGAUUGUAAUCAACACGACAACUAGUCAUCAUUACAUCCCGGAAGAUGAGCCACGAAAAUUGACUCCUCAUGCAAUUGAAUUGUUUUUAGAACAGAUCUACAACGAAAGUGCACCGACUUAUGGAGGGAACGGUUGGCUGGUGCGUAUGUACAGAUCAUGGUUCGAAUUCAGAACAACACUCUCUGAAAUGUGGAAGGGAAAUCCAAUUCUGACAAUGGUUUUGUUUGGACUUCCGUUCGGUUUCCUUUUACUAAUCUGCUAUAGUAUUUGUUGUGCUGACAUUCUUGACGCUGAUGACGAUGAAGAAGAAGAAUCGAGUCAUAUGAAGAAAGAUUAGAAAAUUGCAUAGUUACAAGUGACAAUGUAAUAGGUGUAAGUAAAAAAUUGAAAUUGAAAUUUAAUAACUGUACAAUAAGUAAAGAGAUACUCUUCAAUUCUUAUCAA